ACCAAGUGAGUGGCAGGUGCUGGUUGGGAUUUCAGCCCCCGCGCUUGGCGCGCCAGGUUUCCUGAUGACAGGGUGCAGCCCGGUGUUUGCCAUGCAGCACAUUGUAGGUGUGCCCCCUGUGAUGGUUCGGAGAAGCUUCCUUGGAAGGGACUUCUGUAUGAGCCGGACUCUCUGCAGCCCAGACCCCAGCCAGCCCAGAGAGAAAAGACCUGAGGAGGUAGCCUUGGGGCUCUACGACCGCCUCACUGCGCUGGGAAGAGCCCUGGGACACAGCAUUCAGCAGCGAGCCUCCUCCACUGCCAGGAACUGGUGGGACAGAUAUGAAGAGUUCGUUGGACUCAGUGAGGUUCGAGAGGCCCAGGGAAAUGUGACUGAGGCAGAGAAAGUGUUCAUGGUGGCUCGAGGGCUUGUCCGAGAGGCUCGAGAACACUUGGAAGUGCAGCAGGCCAAGCUGAAGGAGGUGAGGGACCGCUUGGACCGCAUCUCCAGGGAGGAUAACCAGUACCUGGAACUAGCCACUCUGGAACACAGGAUGCUACAGGAGGAGAAGAGGCUUCGCACCACCUAUAUGCAUGCGGAAGACUCUGAGCGAGAGAAGUUCUCCCUCUUUUCUGCAGCUGUGCGGGAAAGUCAUGAGAAGGAGCGAACCCGAGCUGAAAGGACCAAGAACUGGUCCCUCAUUGGAUCUAUCCUGGGAGCCCUGAUUGGUGUGGCAGGCUCUACCUAUGUGAAUCGUGUGCGGCUGCAGGAGCUAAAGGCCUUACUCCUGGAGGCACAGAAGGGGCCUGUGAGUCUCCAGGAGGCCAUCCGAGAUCAGGCAUCCAGUUACUCCCUCCAGCAGAAGGACCUCCAGGACCUUAUGGCAGAUCUAAGAGUCUUGGUUCAGUCUGGGCCAGGGCAGAGCUCUGGAUCCCAGGCAGGUACUUCCCCGACCCGAGACAGAGACACAGAUAUCCUUUUAGCUGCAUUGAAAGAGCAACUCAGCCAUUCCAGGCAGGUCCAUUCAUGUCUAGAGGGUUUACGAGAGCGGCUUGAUGGCUUGGAAAAGACUUUCAGCCAAAUGGCUCGGGUGGUUCAGCUUGCAGAGGCUGCAGCACACCCAGGCCCAGUGGAUCCCAUAGAGGGGGCCCUGCCCAGCUCCUUACUGGAGCACGUGAGUGUGGUCACAGCGCUGUCAGAUACAGAGCAGCGGCUCGAAGCUCAGGUCAACAGGAAUACCAUCUACAGCACGCUGGUCACCUGCGUGACAUUUAUAGUCACACUGCCAGUGCUCUACAUGCUGUUCAGAGGUAGUUAACUCCCGGACCCUUCUCCAGAGGUCUGUCUGUAAGGACAGGUAUGGAUGUGGAUUUAAUAAGAGAAGUGAGGUGAGCCUUUGGAGGUGCACACCACCCCAUCCCGGGUCUGAGCACCAUAUAUGUGGCUCACCAGCUGAUGUACUUUACUGUUUAGGCAACACUUACAUGAAUUAUCAAAACUUUGUGCUAAUGUCCGAUUAAAAUGUCUGUGAG